CCCUCACCUCUCCCGCCCCGUCCCGUCCCACCUAGGCCUGGGCGGGGCCGCGCCUCUCUCAGCCGCUCGCGUCCCUCCCGGGGCACCCAAGGGACCCAUGGCUGCGGCGGCCCGGCGGGGACCGCAGUGGGGAGAAUCCCGCGCGUUCGGCCGGGCGGUGAGGCUGCUGCAGCGCCUGGGAGAGCAAUGCAGGGACCCCCGGCUCGGCUCCGGUCCCCCCUCCUUGCGGGACCUGUUGCCCCGCACCGCGCAGCUGCUGCGCGAGGUGGCGCAAGCCCGGCGGGCGGCCGGCGGAGGUGGUCCCGAGGCUGCCGAGGGUCCCGGGGGUGCGGGGGACUUUCUCAUGGUCUUUCUCGCUAACCUGGAGGCCAAGAGCAGGCAGGUGGCAGCGCUCCUGCCACCCCGGGGCCGAAAGACCGCCGCCGACGAGCUCUUCCGGGAGGGCUCCAGACUCAGGAGACAGCUGGCCAAGCUGGCCCUCGUCUUCAGCUACAUGCACGCGGAGCUCGGCACACUCUUCCCCCAAGGCAAGUACUGUGGACACCUGUACCAGCUCACCAAGGUGGCAGCGCACACUUUCUGGAGGGAGCACUGCGGUGCCCGGUGUGUGCUGCCCUGGGCCGAGUUCGAGGCCCUCUUGUGCAUCUGCCACCCGGUGGAACCAGGCUCCACGGCCCUGGCCUUGCGCUCCACCAUCGACCUCACCUGCAGCGGCCACGUGUCCAUCUUUGAGUUUGACAUCUUCACCCGGCUCUUUCAGCCGUGGCCAACACUCCUCAAGAACUGGCAGCUCCUGGCGGUCAACCACCCAGGCUACAUGGCCUUCCUCACAUACGAUGAGGUCCAGGCGCGUCUGCAGGCCUGCAGAGACAAGCCAGGCAGCUACAUCUUCCGGCCCAGCUGCACUCGCCUGGGACAGUGGGCCAUCGGAUACGUGAGCUCAGAUGGCAGCAUCCUGCAGACCAUCCCUCUCAACAAACCUCUGUUCCAAGCACUCCUGGAAGGACAAAAGGAAGGCUUCUACCUCUACCCUGAUGGGAAGAACCACAACCCGGACCUGACGGAGCUCUGUGGGACGGGACCCUAUCAGCGCAUCCACGUGUCGGAGGAGCAGCUGCAGCUGUACUGGGCCAUGAACUCCACAUACGAGCUCUGCAAGAUCUGUGCCGAGAGAAACAAGGACGUGAAGAUUGAGCCGUGCGGGCACCUGCUCUGCAGCCGCUGCCUGGCUACCUGGCAGAACUCAGACAGCCAGACCUGCCCUUUCUGCCGCUGCCAGAUCAAGGGCCAAGAGCCUGUGAGUAUCCAUCAGUUCCAAGGGAGGCCAGAGGAAGCCGGCGCUGAGGACCCAGGGGAUAGCAGUGACCAGGAAGAUGGGGAGGAGGAGCUGGGCCAGGUGACCCCCUCAGCGCCUCCCCGCCCCCCUCAGCUGGAUAUGACCCCGGAGAGUCCCCGAAGCAAAUACCAGCUGGAAGUGGCGCCUCUGGCCCUCCCCAAACUUCGGGCCCCUUUUACCUUGCCAAGAUUUUGGACCUCAGCCUCAGCCCCAUGGGAAAUCACCUCCAGCCCCCAGGCCAGGGAGGGAGCCAGAGAGAAUUCCUAAAGGGAAAGCGCCCCCCUCAGCUGCCCCUGAGGGGCCCUCCGAGGCCUGGAUGCCAGGGCACCAAGAUACGCUGCUAAAGGGAGCCCCGGGGCCUGGAAGGGGUUUGUGAAGCAGAAAUAAACUGCCAAGCCUUGUCGGUC